AUGCAGCAAAAAUCAAUCAAUUUAGUACAUAGAAGGUUUAAAUUUCCUGAAAUUGAAGGCUCCAAUAAAUCAAAUCGCUCAAAAGGUUCACCAACUUCAAGCAGAAAUAAUACAAGUUAGGAGAGAGAUCUUUCAAUAGAUGGAGGAAAUUCAAUCUAAGUGUUUAAAAUAAGAAAUCUUCAAAUUUCUGAAAGGAGUGAAACUCCAAAAGAAGAUAAAAUAUUUAGUAUGAGCAAGAGUACACGUUUAAGAAGUAGAUAAGAACCAAAUGAAGAUUAUACUGAACAUAAUUAAUAGGAAUUGAUUUUGCCAAAAAUUUAUUCACCCAUUAUAACUCCUCGUAAAAAUGUUGUUUCCAAAAUGAAAGAUUCCAUAUUUAAACCACUUUUAAGUAGACAAGAAACAAUUGAUCAUCUAAUAAAUAUCAAAUUAUAAACAAAAAUUCAUGAUUAAUUAAAAAAAGGAGUGAAUAUUAAAUGCUUAUAUUUAUCAUAACGAACAGAUGUAUAAAUAAACAAAAUUAUUGUUUUGAAUUUUGAUAGUAAUUUUGAUUAUUAUUAAAGGUUUAUUACUAGGAAAAAGAAAAUCCUUUUGGGAACAACAAAAUGAUAUAACAAUGUGUUCAUAAAUUAUUGGAUCAAAAAAAUGUGAUAAUUCUUAUUGUGCUUGUGUAUUAUCAAAAGAAUUGAAAUCUACAUUAUAUAAGUAAAUUUAGUUAAUUAUUUAGUUUAUCAAAACAAUUUUACAUUGUCUUUCUUUUCGAAUGUGCAAUCAGAGGUUAAGUAUGGCAAUAAUAUUUGAUUGAAAGUGGAUUUUCUAUAGAUGCUAUUUACAGUAUAUAAUAAAUAAGAUUACUUGGUGGAGGAAUUAAAAUGAAAUAAAUAAUUUCUAAUUUUGGAAGUUCUGAUAUUAAAUAGUUAUUAUAUUUUGGUACUAUUGAUUGCGGAUCCUAAUAUAUGAAAAUUCCAAAAGAAUAAUUUUAUUAUCAAAUUCCUAUUGUUUAAGCAAAAAUAAGUUUAUAAAUAUACUUGCUAUAAUUACAAAAAUCAAAAUCCUUAGAUUGUAAAUUAUUAUUUGAUAUUUGUAUGCUUAAUUGCAAUAAAUCUGAAAAUUUCAAUUAUAAAAGACAUAUUGAUGUUGUAAAUUAUGACUUAGAACCAAUAAUAAAAUAAAUGAUUCAAAGUGAGGAAGAAGAUUUUAUUUAAAAUAAUAUUUUCAAAAGCUUGUAUGUAUAUAUAAUAAACUUAAUAGAAAAUAAGAUGAAGAAUAACAAUUCUAAUAAGAAGAUGAAGAAGAUUAAGAAGAAGAAAUUGAUUAAAAAAAUGCUCUUUUAAUUUGGUUAUACUAAGCCAAAAAGUUAUUAUUAGAUUAUUUUAAAAGUAUAAAUAAUGAAGAUUAAACAUAAAAUCCUAUUAGUAUGAUAGGUGAUAUAUUAAGAAGAAAUUCAUCAAUCCAAUAAAAUUAUAUUUUUGAAGAUUAUGAGAAAUAGGCUAAAAGAUAUUAAUUGUAUAAAGAACUUAAAAAUUCAACUACAUCCUAAACAUUUUUUAGAAAAUAAAUAUAAAUUGAUUGUUUAAUUAUUAUUGAUUGA